AUGGGUAAGCAUCACACACGCACAGUGCCGCUUAUUCCUAUAGCAUCACCAGUUGCUGGCCAUCGUCUUACAAAAAAGAUCAAAGAAUUGAUAUCAACAAGCUGCGAAUCAAAGAAUUUAGUUUAUGGUGUUAAAGAUACAAAGAAAUUACUUCAAAAGAAUGAAAAGGGUCUUGCCGUUUUUGGUGGUAAUGUUACACCAAUGGAUGUCAUCACCCAUCUCCCAGCUAUGUGCGAGAAUAAGAAACAACCAUAUGUUUUCCUUUCAACAAAGGAAGAAAUUAGUGCUGCUGCCCAGAGAACAUCAGCCGUUGCUUGUGUAGUUAUCAGAGAACCAAAAGAUGCUGAUACAAAAGCAAAAUAUGAUGAAAUUGUUUCCGAGAUUAACGCUCUUAACAACCCAGAGCCAACAGAAGAAUAA